CGAGGUUCAGUUAAGUCUUCAGAAAAUACAACAUAAGAAUGGCUUCUAAAAGGGCUCUGGUCAUCCUGGCUAAAGGAGCAGAGGAGAUGGAGACGGUUAUUCCUGUAGAUGUCAUGAGACGAGCUGGAAUUAAGGUCACCGUUGCAGGCCUGGCUGGAAAAGAUCCGGUGCAGUGUAGCCGUGAUGUUGUCAUUUGUCCCGACGCCAGCCUGGAAGAUGCCAAAAAAGAGGGACCUUAUGACGUGGUGGUUCUGCCGGGAGGCAAUCUGGGUGCACAGAAUUUAUCGGAGUCUGCUGCUGUGAAGGACAUCCUGAAGGAGCAGGAGAAGAGGAAGGGCCUCAUAGCAGCCAUCUGUGCAGGUCCCACGGCUCUGUUGGCUCAUGAGAUCGGUUUUGGAAGCAAAGUUACGACGCACCCACUUGCUAAAGACAAGAUGAUGAACGGAAGUCAUUACAGCUACUCAGAGAAUCGCGUGGAAAAGGACGGUCUGAUCCUCACCAGCCGGGGGCCCGGAACCAGCUUCGAGUUUGCUCUGGCCAUUGUUGAGGCCCUGGCCGGCAAGGAGGUGGCCGACCAAGUGAAGGCCCCGCUUGUUCUGAGAGACUAGAGCCGAGCGGGCUGCCCGGAACCCCUCCCG